AUGUCCUCCAACGAGGCUGCGUCCGAGUCCUCGGAGUCACAUAAAAUUCACGGAAAAAUUCCAGGCCACGAAAAUAAUGGCAAAGAUAUGGCGCCCUCAUUAUUGCAUAAGGCUAAACAGGACGUCACCGCUGAAGCGAAGGUGAAUGUGACACUUAAUGUGGAGCAGGAGAACCAGUGGGCGACCGGGUUCAAAUUGUUCAACAUCAUUGGUGCUCUCGGCCUUGUAUGCCUUCUUAUGCUCCUAGACACCUCGAUAAUAUCAACGGCGGUCCCUCGCAUCACGAGUGAGUUCAAUUCACUACCUGAUGUCGGUUGGUACGGAAGCGCCUAUCAGCUAGCAAGUGCAGCUAUUCAGCCCCUUACAGGAAGAAUCUAUAUGAACCUCAGUACAAAGUGGACCUUCCUCAGUUUCUUCUUCAUUUUUGAGCUUGGAUCUCUAAUAUGUGGUCUUGCCACAUCUUCAAAAAUGUUGAUUGUUGGACGAGCAAUUGCAGGAAUCGGAGGCUCGGGCAUUUUAAAUGGUGCCUUCACGAUUAUCGCUGCAUGCGUGCCUUUGUCCAGGCGCCCAACAUUCAUCGGCCUUGUUAUGGGAGUUUCACAAGUCGGUUUAUCGGCUGGGCCAUUGAUUGGGGGCGCAUUGACCGAGUAUACCACUUGGCGAUGGUGUUUUUAUAUCAAUCUCCCCGUUGGUGGUUUAGUCGCAGUUAUGUUCGCGUUUGUCAACAUCCCAGAGAUUGUUCCAAAACAGAAAUUUGCCAUCGCUAUUCGCGCAUUGCCUGGCCAGUUGGAUCUUCUUGGAUUUGCCCUUUUUGCAUCUUCGGCAAUCCAACUCUUGUUGGCCCUUCAAUACGGUGGAAAUAAGUUCGCCUGGAAUAGCUCGCAAAUUAUCGGUCUUUUUUGCGGAUCCGGGACAACUUUUCUUGUUUUUCUGCUUUGGGAUCACAGACAGGGAGAGAAAGCCAUGAUCCCAUUUUCUUUGAUUCGCAAGCGAAUUAUAUGGUCAAGCAGCCUAUCUUACGGCUUUCUGUUGAGCCAGGUAUUUUGUGUUUCCUGGUAUCUCCCUCAGUACUUCCAGGGAGUCAAAAAUGCAAGCCCUCUGAUGAGUGGUGUUGAUAUUCUUCCGAGUAUCCUUGCCCAUUUUUGUGUCGCUACGAUUUCCGGCAAAAUAAUUGAAAGACUCGGAUACUAUUUGCCGAUCAUCCUUACCUCGGCCUCUCUGAUGGCUGUAGGUAAUGGUUUACUGUCGACGCUAUCCCCACAUACUUCACCGGGGAAAUGGAUCGGAUAUCAAAUACUUCUUGGGGCUACUCGUGCUCUUGGGUUGCAGGUGCCGAUUAUUGCUAUCCAGCACGUUCUUCCUUCCCCUCAGAUUCCUGUUGCAACGGCACUGGCUAUGUUCAGCCAACUUUUCACCGGGGCGCUUUUCCUGAGCUUCUCAGACACCGUAUUUACCAACAGUCUCUCAUCACUCAUUCCAAAAUACGCGCCUUCUACGGACCCGAAGAUAAUCAUCAAUGCCGGUGCUACUGGAUUCCGGUCUUAUGUCUCUGGGCAGGACUUAGCAGGGAGCACCGGCACCUACUGUACGAGCAAGAUGCCCGAAUCCCUGGCUAACAUCUUCGCCUUCUUUUUUGCGAUGAUGGUGAACGGCUUCGGCGAUUCCGGCGGCUGCUAUGGCUCCUUCGGCUAG